AAGUAAAAAGCUUAAGUUGUCCUGUUUCUAACGCGCAUUAUCCUACUGACUCCUGUCAGAAUCAUUAUCAAAACAAAAAAAAAUAUUUGUAUUCGCACACAACUUUUCCCAGGCAGACGCUUUAGUUAGUAUAUUUUCAAACGAGUGUAGGUAGUUCGUCCUAUUUAUUGAAAGUCAGUGCGUCGUAAGAAGAAAACACAUAAAACAGAAUUGCAAAUUAGGAAAUAAAUCACACCAAAAAAAAAAGAAACAAAGGGAUUGCAUUAAAUUUAUAAAAUCCUUUCGGUCGAAGUCAUGCGAAGUCGUACUGAAUUAGUGACCACAACAUUCAUUGAUUCCGAAGACGAUUUCACAGAAACAGAUGAUUCUGAAGAGGAUUGGCGCCCAUCGGCAUCCAAUCGAAAUGGAAAAAAACGCUCUCACACUACAAAAGGACGAAAUCGUGGCAGUCGCAAGAGAAAGUCUUCGGGUACAUCUUCAAAUGGUACAAAUCAUCACAAGAAAAAUCGACGUCAGGCAGCUCAGGACGCUAUCUAUCAGACAUUCGACGAUUCCGAUGAUGAGGAUGAAGAUGAUUAUGAGUAUUACAAAGGAAGGACACAUUUGGCAGCACAAGUCGAACCGAAAGCUAUAAUAUUGCCGCCAAAGAAAAAAGAAAAGACCAUGAAUAUGAAUGGUAACAGUGCUUCAGGGAUAUUUCAGCUUUUUCUGUACCGCAAGGACUUGAGGGAAGAUUAUAUGACAAAUUCGCAUUUGUGCUUGUGGCGCAAAGAUGGUACAAACUUGUUGCAAAAAUACAUAAGGGUUAAGACUGGAGUUCCUGAUGAAUUUGAAUUUACAUCGUCCUCUGUGUAUUCGACGUGGGAUGAAAAAAGGCGUCGAGAUUUUGUGAAUAUUGCUGUCAAAUGUCAAGAAGAAAACCACCGUAGAGUGACAUUUGUCAAUACAACCGACCUUCAUUCAUUGGCAAGAAGUGAAUUGGAGAGAAUCUCUCAUCACAGAAUGGAGAAACAAGUGCUGGACAAUGAUGACAGUGAUGCUGACAAUGGUGUUGACGACGCUGAAUUUAAUUCGGAAGUAAGUGAAUGCGAUGAAAAUAAUGGUUCUUUUCAACCAGAAGAGGACGAAGAGCAGGAAGAAGAAGAAGAAGAAGCAGAAAUCGAAUGUGAUGAGGAUAAUAUUGAAGAAAUCGAAGAUGAUGAAGAAGAACAAGCCUCUGAAGAAGAUGAUCCUAUAGAAGAGGAAUUUGAUGAUUUUGAACAAUUAGAUGAUGAUGGUGAUGAAGCGGAAGAGGAAGAGGAAGAAGAAGAAGACGAAGAGGUUGAUGAAAACGAUGAUGAGGAUAAGGAGAACCAAUAUGAGUCUGAGCAUGAUUAAGGAAGGGAAUAUAUAAAUUUGAAUGUGCUAAAAAAUGGGGUGCUUACAAAUUUGACAAAAGUGCAUAUAAUUCAGCAAGUUUUUGGUUUAAAUGUUCUGUUCCUGUUUUAUACCGGUGCAAUACAAGAUUGCUUACAAAUUUAAUAAUUCAUUCAGCUAAUAGAAAAUUUGUUUUUCAGAGGCAUUAAUUCAUUAAUUCAUUCAGCUAAUAGAAAAUUUGUUUUUCUUUUCCUCAUUUUAUAAAUGAUUUUAUGUUGGUUAUUAUUAUUUUGUCAUUUAAUUGAUUUCAAAAUUCUAACAGCAACCACAGACAUGCAGAGCAUGAGAAUCAGUUUCGAACAUGACAAAAUAGGGCCGCUUACAAAAUUAAGAAGAAUUAGUGCUUUUUAGCAAGAUUUUUGAUUUAUUUUAAUUGAAUUUAUCGAUUCUCUUCUCAAGUUUAGAAAUGUUAGUUUGCUUACAACUUUAAUAAUGCCGUUUACUAAUUCAGCCAUAAUAAUAUAUUCAGCAAAUCAGUUGCCAUUAAUUUUGUUGAGCAUUAUAAGUUUCUAGUCCCAACUCAAUAGUUCAAGCCUCAAAUCAUUGCUCAAAAAGAAAAAUUUAAGCAUAUCUUUCAAAUACUUUGUUGUUUGUAAAGUUGUUUUAAAGCAAUACACCUAUUUAUUUGUUUUUUUUUUUUUUACUGAAUUACAAUUGCUAUUUUCCUAUUUAAAAAAAAUAAUACUUAACUGCUAUUUUACUAUUACGCUCAAAGAGAUGCCAAAUGAAUUGUGAGUCUCACUUUUAAAGCUAUAAGCAUCACAGUUAUCAUUAAAUUUAAAAUUAUUAUAAUGUUAUAAAUAAAAAAAAGUAAAAUAACUACAAAAAAA